AGCUUUUCUCCCUCUCUGAGGUGUGAAGUAGUCUGCUGUCACCAUGUCCGACACAGAGGAUUUGGAUCAUGUUGAGGACGAGGAAGCCCAGGAGGAGGUAGUAGAAGUAGAAGUAGCCCCUGAGGCGGAGGCCCAGGUAGAAGCAGAGCCAGAGGUAGAGCCUGAACCAGAACCAGAGCCAGAGCCAGAGGAGGUUCAUGAGGAGGAAGACGCCUAUGAAGAGGAAGAUGACGAGGGCGAUCAAGACGAGGAGAAGCCAAAGUUCAAACCCCCUGCUCCCAAGAUCCCAGAUGGUGAGAAAGUGGACUUUGAUGACAUCCAGAAGAAACGCCAAAACAAGGACCUGUAUGAGCUGCAGUCGCUGAUCGACGCUCACUUUGAGUCCAGGAAGAAGGAGGAGGAGGAGCUCCUGGGACUCAAAGACAGAAUUGAGAAGCGUCGCGCAGAGCGAGCUGAGCAGCAGAGGAUUCGUUCUGAGAAGGAUAAAGAGAGGCAGGCCAGGCGAGAGGCUGAGCGUCAGAAAAGGGAGGAGGCAGACGUCCACAGGAAGAUGGAGGAGGACGCCAAGAAGAAGAACGUGCUGAGCAGCAUGGGAUCAGGCUACAGCAGCCACCUGCAGAAGAUUGAAGGGAAGAGAGGCAAGAAGCAGACUGAAAGAGAAAAGAAGAAAAAGAUCAUGGCAGAGAGAUGCAAACCUCUUGAUGUUGAUGAUGAUUUCAGCGAUGCAGAUCUGGGGGAUAAGGCGAAGGAGCUGUGGGAGUGGCUGCACGACCUGGAGACCAUUAAAUACGACCACUGUGAGAGGCUCAAGAGACAGAGAUAUGAGGUGAUCUCUCUCAGGAACCGCAUUGAUGAGCUGCAGAAACACAGCAAAAAGGGAGCUGCCUCCCGCCGCAGGAAGUGAGCGGCUGGUGACUGAUGGUCGGUCAGCCCGGACAGGAGGCGCCUUCCCUCGGAUACAACAGCAGCUAAGACCCCGUAGAGACCCGGAGCUCAGGUGGACGUCUUAGUUUCUGCUUGAGUUUUCUGGAUGAAUUUAGCUUAAAUAAAGACAUUAAAAAAAAUAUCA